AUGGCAACUCUGACAGAGAGGCUUGAUAAGAAGCAACUUUCUAGUGUUCAUACUAAAGCUGUCGCAGUUGGAACUGGUUUUGAUUUCAAAUCAAAUAACUACUUGCAACCUCCACCGAUCCAGCCCAAGGAACCUUAUGAUUUGGAGAAUAACACAGUUACUAAUCCGAAGGAGGAUUGUUUGGCCAUUACAACUAGAAAUGGCAAAGUUCUUCAAUCUCUUGAAGUAGAGAAAAGACUUGAUGAGGCGGGUGAGCGUGAAAAAGAAAGUGAAAAACCUGUUGAAGUAGUCAAGCCCGCUGAAAAAGAAAUUGAAAAAGGAAAGAAUGUGAUUGCUGAAAAGAAGCAUGAAUUGAGUCCCGAGUAUAUGAGAGCUAUGGCACCUUAUCUUGAAAGAUUCAAGCAGGAUGCCCAGAAGCAACAAUAUGCCAGUGCGAUAAUACAGAAGAAGUUUCCUCCCAAGCUUCGUGAUUCGGGGAGCUUCAACAUUCCAAUUUCUAUUGGUAAUACUGAUUUCGGCAGAGCCUUGUGUGAUCUUAGGGCAAGUAUAAAUUUGAUGCCCUUGUCUGUAUGUAAAUCUCUGGGAAUUUCUGAAUUGAAACCCACUAUGGUCUCGCUUCAACUAGCUGAUAGAUCUUUGAGGAGACUGAGCGGCAUAGUUGAAGAUGUUCUUGUUAAAGUGGACAAGUUAAUCUUUCCAGCGGAUUUUGUGGUAUUGGACAUGGAAGAGGGAAUUGAAAUGCCUCUUUUGCUGGGUAGACCUUUCUUGGCUACUACUAGGGCCAUGAUUGAUGUUGAAAACGGAAAGCUGGAGUUAAGGAUGAAUGAUGAGACCAUUACCAUCAACGCCUUUGACUCUAUGAAACAAUCUUCUGACGAAGGCGAUUGUUUUAGACUAGAUGUUUUAGAGAAAGUUGUGGAAAAGGAAAAAUUUUCUAGUCAAGAGCUUGAUGAAGAACUUGGGGCGCGUGAGAUUUUCCCUUUUAAGGAAGAAAAUAAUGUAGCAUUUGAAGUUCUUGAGAAGAAAGAUGAUGACAAAGAAGAUGGUGCCCCAAAAGUGGAGUUGAAGGAACUUCCUGAAACUCUUAAAUAUACCUUCUUGAGUGAUGAGAAGACUUACCCUGUUAUCAUCAAUAAAGGAUUGUCUUCUGAGCAAGAAAGAAGACUGAUUGAAGUGCUGAAAAACCAUAAGAUUGCUAGGAUGGUCUAUUUCUGA